AAAAAAAAAAGUUCUGAUAAGCCUGUUAUAGAUUUUUAUACAAAUAUAACACAAUUAUGAGUACUUAUUUCGAAUUUUCAGAACCUUCUUCUCAAGAUAUUUCACAAGACUCUAGAGUUCCAAGUCAGCAUAAACUUAUGGAUAUUUCUGAAGAUAAUGAGUAUUACGAAGACGAGAUAGAGGACUCGGCAAUUUUAGACGGAGGAGACGAAGAAGAGGAAGGGGAUGCUUGGGAUGAUAGUGCGUUGAUAGCUGCUUGGGAUAUCGCUGUGAAAGAAUAUCAGGAUUUUCAUAGUAUCAAAGUAAAUAAAACUAAUACGAAAGGCAAUAAACUUUCCAAUACAAUACCCACUUCUUCUUCAAUUAACAAAGUGAUAGAAACAGAAGAAUCAGUCAAUGUAGGCAAGGAAGAUAAUUCUUCUACGUUCGAUAUAAAUGAAGGUGCUUCCACAUCCAUGAAAACUUCAGUCAAAGAACAAAAACAAAAUGUACAAAAACCACCUGAACAAAAAAUCAAAGAAACGGGACAGAUCAAACCUCAAACUGCUACCGGUUCAACUUCAAGCGGUCAAGACACCUCUUAUCAAUCUCGACCCAUGAGAACGACUGCAGCAUACUCUUCUUACGCUCAUAAUUUUCCAGGAUAUUAUUCAUAUCCACCUCCAUCAGCAACAUCCUCAACUGCGCCUAUACCACCACAUCCUUUUGGUGAACAGUUUAAGGGAACUAUGGACACCCAAGAAGAUCAAGGAGAAAGUCAGCUACCUCCAACAGAAGAAGACACAACAAGCUAUUCUAAUGCAAAUGCUCAUGAUUCAUAUUACAAUGGAGAACAUUAUUCUGCUUACGGGUUCUCCAAUUAUUAUCCACCUCCACCCCCACCCCCACCUCCUGCUCCGGGUCCGGGUCCACAACCACCUCCACAUUUUUAUCCAUCGAUGCAUAGUGAUCCUAAUCACGCGUUUCCCGGGUUGAGGCCAAAGUCAUCAAAUAUGGCCCCUCCAAUGUCUGGGUUUGACGAUGAAGCACUUACUAACUUAAUAAUGGCAUGGUAUUAUUCUGGAUAUUAUACUGGACUUUAUCAUGGACGAAAAGGAAGGUAAAAUUGGAAAAAAUGUUCAAGGUAAGAUAUAUUGUAUAGAUAAUAUUCUAAUUCACAAUUAUAGCGAAGAAAAAAGAUUUUAGUAAAAUAAUUAGUUGUAAAUUAAAUAUAAGAUACAAAUGAAAAUAAUUAAAAAAAAGUAUUAUUUUAAUAAAUAACUUUAUUAUUUAACUAGAAACAGUAAUAUUUAGAAGUAGAAACAUUAUUAAAUAAAUUAAUUUAAUGGAUUACAUAUU